AUGUCAGUAUUUCAAGAGUAUAGGCUUGCCCAAUCACUUGUUUGGAGUGACCAAGAGUUUAGCUUAGCCAAUUUUGUCAAACGGUAUGAGCUACCCCAAGUUGUGUUAGUCGUAGUCGGUUAUUGUGGUGAUACUGAACGGACGACUUUCGGUAGAAGCCAAGUUCUGACUCUACAUACAUUGCGUACGACCAGUAAAAUAGUAUGCCAGGUUCCUAAUAGUAAUGCAGUGGUGGUUCCUACAAGCUGUCCCCUUAAAGCUGAGGUGAUACCUAUGGACUGUAGGGACACGAAAGUGACCGCUUAUCAAUUGUCUACAACAUACCAGAAAAUCAAAUACGUUCGAGUUAUGGAAGUUGGCUCAACUUGCAAUAAUAAUUCGUUAGACACUUUAAAAAUGAACGAUAUCCUACAGAUUAAAAAAAUCGACAGCAAAAGCUCGGUGAUACGAUGUAAAAACCUCACAACUGCACAAGAUGUGUCGAUUCUAUUUUAUUCCACUGCCGUAUUUGUGCCAUUGUUGGACUCAAAUACCUACAAUUUGGCUGAGAUUCAGAAACAAUUCGGACUCCCGCCUAAGGUUCGCUUUUCAGAUAAAACGGCGGAAAUUCAAAUGCGUUCAGUACCUGGAAAGCCUUCGACGUCUUCGACAUAUUUGUCAGAUUUGGGUCAAACGACAGCCAUUGAAGAAAUACAAGAAAGCGACGUAAUUGUUACAACUGUGUGUUCCAACAUGGAAGAAAAAGUGGGUGUAUAUUUAGCAUUUUGUUGACACUGAACUAACUUGAAGUGCUUAUGAAACGAAAUUUUCACUUCAUUUUUUAUUGUUGCGCUAAAAAGUACUGCUAGAGCGAUGAAGAAUGACGUUUACAGUUUCUUCACAUCUCAUUCUCAAGUUAUUGCACUUUCUAAAUUUUGAGUUGUGACGUCACUAGUUUGACUUGAGAUAAUGGCAAUAACAAGAAAGUCUGAUAUCAUUAUCUUAGUGAGUAUUUAAUAAAAUUCAAUGAAACUCGGUAAACUUAGUGGGUACACCCAUAUGAAUAUUUUUGGCAGGUCAUGUGGUUGUUAUUGCAACACACUAGUCCCCAGUCUCGUCUCUUCCUUUUCACAAAUUUCCUCCUGUAGACCUUUUGCAGAGGAUGUUUGCAUGUUAUAACGGUUUAAACUGAUCACAAUACCUACACGUGUUAUAAUAAUAAGCGACAAUUGCAGAAAUUACUAUUUAUUUCGUUGGAAAUGGAUCAUAUAGAAAUUGGAAGAGAAGGGACUGGGGACGAGUGUGUUGCCAUAACAACAAUAUAAACAAGCCAAAUUGUUCACUUCGUUGCACCCACUAAGUGUGCCAAGUUUCAUUGAAUUUUGUUAAAUGAACAUCAAGAUAUCAGAGUUUGUUGUUAUUGCCACUAUUUUGAGUCAAACUAGUGACGUCACAACUCAAAAUAUAGAAAGUGUGAUAACUUGGGAAUGAGAUGAGAUACGAACAAACUGUAAACGUCAUUCGUCAUCAUUUAAGCAGCACCUUUUAAUAAAACAUUAAAAAUCGAGGCAAAAAUUUCGUUUCAUAAGCACUUUAAUUAAGGGCUAUUUCUUGAAAGGUCACGGUGAGAUUGUAACAAGAUUGUGGUACAAUGAUUGAUAUAGACCUUUGUGAAUUCUUGGCAGGAUCAUGGCAAAAUUUGAAAGACAAUGGUCAACUAUUUUUUAUCAACCAUAUGGGAGAAUGUGUUCACAUAUUUUUCCAACACUUAUUGUCGAUUUCAAGUCACUUUUCAACUCGCGGUUCCCAAGUUCGUUGCAAACUUGCCAAUAGACUUUCCCCUUUUACGUGAAAUUUUGAUCUAGAUAUGCCUGGCCAAAAAUUUCAUCACAGCGCGAAAGAGCAUCACAAAAUUAGUAAUACUCCGAAGUUUCGUUGCGAAAUGUUGUAAAAUGCGGAUAAUAUAUAGCCUUGCGAAGUUUGCCGUUUUUCAGUCAUUUUGUAUUACAAAUGGGAAAUUGAUAAUCAGUUUGAUCAUCUGAUUAUCAAUUUCUCGUUUGUAAUGCAAAACGACUGAAAAACGGCAAACUUCGCAAGGCUAUAUUAUCCGCAUUUUACAACAUUUCGCAACGAAACUUCGGAAUAUUACUAAUUUUGUGAUGCUCUUUCAAGCUGUGAUGAUUUUGUCCAGACUUGUCUAGAUCAAAUUUUCACUUAAAAGGGGAAAGAUAUAUUACGACAACAAAGUUCGCAAGUAAUUUUCAAUGUUUGAACUAUUGUAAACAAAUGUUCAUCAGUUCAAGUUGAAAUUAACAAUUGUAUUUUAUUGAACUGGUUAUUAUUAUUGAGUAUGAACAUUUGUUUACAAACAAAGUUCAAACAUAAAAUGUACUUGGAGACUUUGUUGCGAAGUCUGCGCCCAAUUUUCGAACUCGGAAACGUAAUUGGCAAGUUCGCAACGAACUUGGGACCAGCGCGUUGAAAAGUGACUUGAAAUCAACGAUCUUGGCAGGAAUAUAGUAAGAUUAUGAGAACAACUUCAACCUGGAUUACUAGAACCAAAUUAUUAACCAAAUUUUAAUCAUUCUACCAUUUUAAGCUAUGCCUGAAUGUUCCAACGACACUGGACAUCACAAUAACAGUGGCUGAGGGAUUUCUAAAGGGUGAUGAAACCUAUCAAAGAGUUGUCAAAACCUUAGACAAACAAUUUAACCGCACAAAUCUUGAAGCUUUUGACAACUUGGACGUCUACGAACAUAUGGACGCGGUAAAGAAGAGAAUGGAGGAAAUGGUAUUUAUUGAAGAAGCUUCAAUGGAAGUCGUGCAACGUGCCCGCGAACAUCUGCAACGUGUUGAAUGUGAAAAGCCUGAAAAAUUGUCCUCGUUCGAAAGGCCACCAAAUACUCCGCCCAGUGAACAAGAAAAUGCAAAACAAAAGGUAACACGAGGGCACUCGGAGACUGCAUGCAUACCUCCGCCAGCGGUUUAAGUGAUGUACCAUGAAUAAAUUAUAAAAUGGGCUAAUUACGAAUUUAGUUUAGUCUGCCCGGCAAAGACAAACGUUUGCUGAUUUCUCAUCCAAUUUUCAAUCAAAUUAGUAGAUGUUUAAAAUGUUGACAGUCAAAUUGCUAUUUGGAAUAGUGACAAUUUUGUAGACAACAACCAUUGGUUGUGACGUAAUGCAUACAUAUCCACAACAAUCCAAGAUGGUGGACAGAUCACUGAUUUACGAUUAUUUCAAAAACUAUAAAGCAUGAUUUCAAAAAGCUGUUUUCUACAUAAUAUCAGAAAAAUCUUAAAAAUAGGAUAGCAUUUUUCAUGCCCAUAACCCUUCAACCAACCAACAACGCAACUACACCAUUGAACUAUAAAUAAACUGGAAGGCUAACUGCUACGAUGAUGACCUAUGAUUUGAUGAAGCCAAAAUAGUUUUUCUGAGUUAUGAGCAGAACUACUUGAUCCCAAACGUUGGGCUGCAUAACAAAUUGAAGCUAUUGAAAAUUGCUAUUCGGUGUGGAAAUUUCAAGACUUCAGCGAAAAGAAAAAUAUUUAAAAAAUACAAAAACUGCAAAAUGGCAAAUUAUCUGCAGUUAUUUUUGUAGUUUGUCAAUAUUUCCCUUUUAGCUAAAGUCUUCAAAUUUCUACACCAAAUAGCGUUUUUCAAUAGCUUCAGUUUCAUAUACAGCACAACGUUCAGUGUUGAGUAUUUCUGCUCAUAACUCAGAAAAACUCAAAUCCGCUGCCUUCAAUCUCCCACGAGUUAGCCUUCCAGUUUAUUUAUAGUUCAAUGAACUACACUAACUAACCAAAUAAUUGAAAUAUGCGUGAAUUAGUAACUCUUUGUUUCCGUUCGUUUGAGGAAAUUGUUACGUUGAUUACCGUCUAUAGAGCGUUUGCACUCAUUCCCCAGGGACCAACUGAACAAGAGCCAUGGCGGUUAUGUUGGUGUUCCAGACAAAAGAGUCUAAUUACAAUUCUUUUGAAUUGGAACACCAACAUGGCGACUGUGACGUCAUGUGCAAACGCUCUAUAUUUACAUACUGCACAGGGUGUCCCCCAAAAUGCCCCCUACUAUGUUGGAUGACAUUAAAACGUUAGUUUUAGUGGAAGUUAUAGAUUUUUUAUGGGAUGAAGUAACUACCAUAUCGUCAAAAUAACCCCUUGCGUUCAAGAAUAAUUUGGUGGCAACAACAAAAUUCUAACUUGUCCAAAUAUGCAAAUUAGUUAAAAUAAUAGGAUUCUUUUAUAAAAUUUAUAAAUAAUUCAAAUUAACUACUUUCAAUCAAGUUCCUCACUUGAAAGUUGUUCAAUACUGUUGUCUGUCUUACACCAUUUCAAAAUGUUGGUUCUAAAAUAAAAUUUCUUAUAGAUAUCAUUCAAACAUCCAAAUUAAAUAUUUUACGCUUUCUAUUAUUUAUUUUUAAAAGGCACCUCCUGAACGAUUGUCGAAAGCAGGACAGAAACCAGAGUCAAAACAGAACAAAACUGACAAGAAAACGAAGAAUAUAAAAUUGAAAUUCCCAUACAGGACGGUGGGAUGUAAACAAAGCGGUAAUAAAACUCCCUCAAAUGAAAGCCUCUCAAGUGGACACAAGGAUGAAAAGCCCACUGAUCGACCAGAGGAAGUUCAUGAUUGUAUUGAUGACAUCCAUGAAGAAACCGCAUCUCAAAACUCACAUUCUGAGGAUAAUAACUGCACAAAAUUGGGUGCCACAUACACACCAGUACCACAACUUCAUGAAAAAUAUAUAACAGAGGCUCCUAAAGCCAAAGAGGUAAGCCUACUACCACUACCAUCAAAAUUAAUAAUUUCCUGCAUGAGUGUGAAUGCUAGCUAAGCACGUUUUAUCCCCUCGUCCGCAUUUUAUCCCAUAUUCCGCAUUUUAUCCAUGCGCAUCCGCGUUUAACCUUAUCCCGAAUUGGUUGGCAUGCAUAAUUUUUACCUUCGCAUGUUUCCGACAAGUUCUAUAUGUGGCAAUAAUGGCACUACAGGUAUACAAAAUGCAGGCAGGGCAUUAAUAGAGCAACCUGUAAAAUACAAAUGUAUUUUAGAGGUCCAAACUGAACGUUUUGCAUAUAAAACAAGUAGCAAAAAAGUUUUGAUUAUUGAUUCGCACAAACUUCGAGGAAGAAACGUUUUGAAACCUACUUAGUUUCAAAUGCACUCUUCACAGAAGCUCGCAAAUGGUAAACAAACCAUGAAGCACUUUGUUUAUUAUAUGAAUAUACUUAACAAUUAUGAGGAGAGAUAUUUACAUCUGUCACAUUCCUUACGAAUCAAAUCGUUACGUGUUUAAAUCAGUUAUACUAUCAAGGAAAUAUAGUGGUCACACCGUCAUUGGCUUCACCUUAUCUCUGCACAGAAAUCUCUAUACUUACUUAAUAAUAUUAUUUCUACACACAGACUACCAGCCUAUCAUCAACAUCACAGACCAUCAAACCACCACCACCAUUACCAAUCAAGCCACCACCCCAAACCCAAGAAGACAAACAAGAAAUUUCUCGACUUCCUCAAAACCUAUCAGGCGUAAGUGUUGCUGACGUUGCAAAUACCACAAAGCAUAGUGGAGACAUUAUUUUGGGACACUCUGUAUAUUGUAAAUUAUAGGAAAAGUAGUUUAAAAUGUUGGUUCUAAAAUAAAAUUUCUUAUAGUAUAUCAUUCAAACAUCGAAAUUAAAUAUUUUACGCUUUCUAUUAUCUAUUUUUAAAAGACACCUCCUGAACGAUUGUCGAAAGCAGGACAGAAACCAGAGUCAAAACAGAACAAAACUGACAAGAAAACGAAGAAUAUAAAAUUGAAAUUCCCAUACAGCCCGGUGGGAUGUAAACAAAGCGGUAACAACACUCCCUCAAAUGAAACCCUCUCAAGUGAACACAAGGAUGGAAAGCCCACUGAUCGACCAGAGGAAGAUCAUGAUUGUAUUGAUGACAUCUAUGGAGAAACCGCAUCUCAAAACUCACAUUCUGAGGAUAAUAACUACACAGAGUUAGAUACCACAUACACACCAGUACCACGACUUUAUGAAAAAUAUAUAACAGAGGCUCCUAAAGCCAAAGAGGUAAGCCCACUACCACUACCAUCAAAAUUAAUAAUUUCCUGCAUGAGUAUGAAUGUUAGCUAAGCACGUUUUAUCCCACCGUCCGCAUUUUAUCCCCGACUCCGCACUUUAUCCAUGCGCAUCCGUGUUUAACCUUAUCCCGAAUUGGUUUGCAUGCGAAGUUUUACCUUCGCAUGUUUCCGACAAGUUCUAUUGUGGCAAUAAUGGCACUUCAGGUAUACAAAAUGCAGCCAGGGCAUUACUCUCGAUUUCAAUUUGCUUUUCAAAACUGACUUCCAAUGUUUACUUGUAAAUUCGGAAUGUUCGUUGUAAAGUUCCGAAGUUUGUUUCGAAGUUCGUUACGAUGAUUUACGAUGAUUCAAUAGCAAGCGAUUUGAUUGGCUGGUUCACUUAACUAGCCAAUUACAACUUACUAAACUUGAUUAUCGUAAAUCAUCGCAACGAACUUCGAAACAAACUUCGGAACUUUACAACGAACAUUUCGAAUUUACAAUUAAACAUUGGAAGUCAGUUUUGAAAAGCAAAUUGAAAUCGAGAGUAAUACAGCAACCUUUAAAAUACAAGUGUACGUUAGAGGUCCAAACUAAACGUUUUGCAUGUAAAACAACUAGAAAAAAGUUUUCAAUUUUAAUUGACAAAUUUCGAGGAAGAAACGUUUUGAAACCUAGUUUCAAAUGCACUCUUCACAGAAGCUCGCAAAUGGUAAACAAACCAUGAAGUACUUUGUUUAUUAUAUGAAUAUACUUAGCAAUUAUGAGGAGAAAUAUUUAUAUCUGUCACAUUCCUUACGAAUCAAAUCGUUACGUGUUUAAAUCAGUUACACUAUCAAGGAAAUAUGGUGGUCACACCGCCAUUGACUUCACCUUAUCUCUGCACAGAAAUCUCUAUACUUAAUUAAUAAUAUUAUUUCUACACACAGACUACCAGCCUACCAUCAACAUCACAGACCAUCAAACCACCACCACCAUUACCAAUCAAGCCACCACCCCAAACCCUAGAAGACAAACAAGCAAUUUCUCGAUUUCCUCAAAAUCUAUCAGGC